CAUACAAAAACCUCCCCCAAUUCCCAAACCCUAAUCGCACCCCACUCCAAUCCCACCCCAUCCCAUCCUCGCUCGACGCGAAGAGCGAGAGAGAGAGCGGCGGAUCCGCGUGACGCGAUGGCGACGGUCCAGCACCAGCAGGAACCGGCGGCGGCGGCGGCGCCGACAACGACGACGGGGGGCGGCAUGCGCGCGAUGGACCUGUACGAGAAGCUGGAGAAGGUCGGGGAGGGCACGUACGGGAAGGUGUACAAGGCCCAGGAGAAGGCGACGGGCCGGAUCGUGGCGCUGAAGAAGACGCGGCUCCCCGAGGAUGACGAGGGCGUGCCGCCCACCGCGCUGCGGGAGGUGUCCCUGCUGCGGAUGCUGUCGCAGGACCCGCACGUGGUGCGGCUCCUCGACCUCAAGCAGGGCGUGAACAAGGAGGGGCAGACCAUCCUCUACCUCGUCUUCGAGUACAUGGACACCGACCUCAAGAAGUUCAUCCGCAGCCACCGCAACAACCACGAGAAGAUCCCCGCGCCCACCGUAAAGAUCCUGAUGUACCAGCUCUGCAAGGGCGUGGCCUUCGUCCACGGCCGCGGCGUGCUGCACCGUGACCUCAAGCCGCACAACCUGCUCAUGGACCGCAAGACCAUGGCGCUCAAGAUCGCCGACCUCGGGCUCAGUCGCUCCUUCACCGUCCCUCUCAAGAAGUACACCCACGAGAUCCUGACGCUGUGGUACAGGGCUCCCGAGGUCCUUCUUGGCGCCACGCACUACUCCACGCCGGUUGACAUGUGGUCCGUGGGCUGCAUAUUUGCUGAGUUGGUCACAAACCAACCGCUUUUCGCUGGGGACUCAGAGGUGCAGCAGCUCCUGCACAUUUUCAAGUUGCUGGGCACCCCAAAUGAGAAGGUGUGGCCGGGAGUAAGCAAGCUGCCGAACUGGCACGAGUACCCCCAGUGGAACCCCUCAAAGCUGCCCCCUUUUGUUCCUGGUCUCGACGCCGAUGGCAUUGAUCUGCUUGAGAAAAUGCUGCAGUACGAGCCGGCGAAGCGGAUCUCUGCGAAGAAGGCCUUGGAGCACCCGUACUUCAGUGAUGUGAACAAGGAGCUGUACUGAAGCGAUUCAGCUAGCAGGAGUCCAUCGAGAGCCUUCACGACUUAGAAUGAAGGCAAGUAGCUUAUAAUCUUAGCUCCUUUGCGUGUGUAGCUCGAUUGCCCUGAAGCAGUGCUUUUGCUUCGAGGGCACCCAUCUCUGUUUCUCUAGCUGCUCUCUCGUGUGCUUUUCACUUUGGUUGUGAUGGAUAACGAAUGAUUAGGAAGAAUCUCUGCGUAACUGAACUCGUCUGA